UAUUACUGUAUUAAUUUCUUAUAGAUAAACUAAGACAGAUCAUGUCGCUCUGAAACUUGCCUUUCUCAUAAGUAGUGAAAAAUAUAGCGUGUUAAAUGUGGUGUCAGUAGAUACAUUCACUUUAGAGAAUAAGUGUUUUCAUAAGAGUCAAAAUUUUCAUAAGGUUGAUUCUAUUGCACCAUAAAUAGUAAAAUAAAUGCAACAGAGUAAUGAAUGAAGACCAUAUAUUAUCCCGAGCUAAGUCACUAACCAGUAGGCAACCACCAAAAGGUACUUAAAACCAUGACCCGUUUAACCUUGGAACCAUUGCUGUUCUCUCCUAAUAAAGUUAGUGUAAUUACUUGUUUUAGAUUACAGAACAUGCACGGCAUGCAUUCAAAGACAACUAUGCUUCUGGGGCCCGAAUUUAAAGUCCAUAGACCAUAGUUAUUUAACUAAGAAAUGACAAGAAAUUAUAUAUAUACACCAUUUGCCUUGGAGAACAGCGGGUGAUGUUCCUUUUUAAGGUAACCAGGGAUCGAUCCAGCUGUCCAACUUCCAUUGUCUACUUCUAUUUUACCUCUGGGCUUUUAUUUUUAUCCAUAAAUGUGAUCCUUACUUUCCUCUAACAUAGCUCUUUUUAAAAUAAGUAAAUGAGUUCACUGAGUGACUUUUCAUUAUAGAAUUACAAACUUUGUUUAUGGAACAAUGUUGUAAUAAUAUUCACUAUUAAACCACAUAUGUUUAAGAUUUUUAUUUUUUAUUUUUAGGGGUUUACUUUAUCAUUGCAGCACAGAGCUUUGAAAUCCGUGGGACGGGCCUGGUGAUUUCCAUAUAAUUGUGAUUAUAAUGAUGUAGUGAAAGGACACUUGGUUGUAAUGUAAAUAGGCCUUGUAAGUUGGGCACUUUACAGUAAAUAUGAGUAAAACAUAACCACCUAUUUUAGAGCUAUGCAUGAAAUUGCUACAGUCCAAUUUCAAAUCAUUUUAUCAGCAUGUGUAGUAAGUUGCAAUCAAGAAAUCUAUCAAAAUCAUGUCCUGAUACAAUUCGAAAUUAGUUUAUAAGAGACAUUUAAAUAGGAAAUAACUUUCUUUUGACCGAAAAUACUUAAAAAGGUUCAUCCAUAAUCUGCUCUGCUACUAGGAUGUGGGAAUAAGCUGAAGAACCACAUUUAGUUUGACCCUCGCGACACAUUACUUUAGUUUUUGUUUCCAUACUUGGCUUGUUUGGUUUGUGUCUUCGGUGAAUAUACCUGAAAACUAUUAUAAACAUUUAGGCCACAAUAGUUACUUGGCACUUGUAUAAUUAAAAAAUGAAUUCUAACUAGACGGAAGAAUCAAAUUGGAAUAAGUAAGUGUAUUAAAAACAAUAUUUAAUAUAAUAUUCUGGAAUUUGGCAACUUAAACUAAUUGAAAUUACUUCAUGUGAGCAUCAACUUGUCUUGGAAUCUUUUAAUUAAAGUACUCUCUCAUGUGCUAUCUUCCUUUAUACACAUAUAUAGUUUAUCAGAUGCUACCUUUUCUACAUCUGUUUUUACUUUGUAUGGGAGAUAAUGGAAGAGUCAGUAGUGGUGCCUAAAAGAAAGCUGGGGUCACAAGGUUUUGAGGUCUCUGCAAUUGGUUUAGGAUGUAUGGGCAUGUCUCCCUUACACGGGUCUUCUAAACCCGAAAAAGAAAUGAUUGAAGUCAUCAAGACAGCCAUUGAGCUGGGAAUCACAUUUCUUGAUACCUCAGAUCUCUACGGUCCUCUCACAAAUAGUAUCAUUAUCGGAAAGGCUUUGGAGGGGGAUGCGAGACAUAAAGUGCAGUUGGCUACCAAGUUUGGGAUUAAGUCACUCUCAGGCGAUAAAGGGAUGGUGGUAAGCGGCGAUCCUGCAUAUGUGAAGGAAGCUUGUAAUGCUAGCUUGAAACAACUUGGAGUCAACUGUAUUGAUCUUUAUUAUGUUCAUCGUAUCGAUACAAGCAUCCCUAUUGAACUCACGGUGGGAUCAUUGAAAGAACUAGUCGAGGAAGGCAAAAUAAAAUACAUAGGUCUCUCUGAAGCGUCACCAGAAACCAUCAGACGGGCACACGCAGUUCAUCCAAUUACCGCUGUACAGCUGGAAUGGUCCUUGUGGACAAGAGAUGCAGAAGAAGAGGUUAUUCCUACUUGCAGAGAACUUGGAAUCGGGAUAGUCCCAUUUAGUCCUCUUGGAAAGGGAUUUUUCUCAAAGGGUCCAAAGGUAGUUGAAAACUUUGCAAGCAAUGACUUCCGAAGGAGUCUACCAAAGUUUCAAGGCAAAAACCUAGAGCACAAUAAGAUUGUUUUUGAAAGGGUGAAUGUAAUGGCAAGAAAAAAGGGAUGCACCCCAUGUCAGCUAGCAUUGGCUUGGCUUUUACACCAAGGAGAUGACGUAUCUCCCAUACCUGGUACAACCAAAAUCGAGAACCUCAAGCAGAAUAUUAGAUCCAUUUUUGUAAAACUAACAAAGAAAGAAAUGUGUGAAAUUGAAUCGAUUGCUGCAGCUGUGAAGGGCGAUAGGUACUCACCUGCAGUAAUGAAAGAUACUUGGAAGUAUGCAAACACUCCACCCUUGUCAUCUUGGCAUACUGCAUAAACUAUUGAUUAUAGAGAUCUUUUUUAAAUUAAUAUUUUGAAUUUGGACCUUGCCCAUCGGAGUCGUGUUAGUGAAAUUUCCAAGAUCGUUAGAUUACAUUUAAUUAUUUUUUCAAAUCAAAGGGGUAUCUAUACAUCACAUUUCAAAUUCACAUUUUAUCCCUUCCAACAAUUGUUUACUAACAAAUUGUAACCUAAUAUUUUCCCUGUUUAGUAUUCAAUGUUCAUCUUCUUCAAAGCAAAUUUGAA